GAAAACUGACUUUCUUGGGAAAUAGGCAGAGGCAUGCUGAAAAUCUGCUACAGCUGUCCUCCAUACCUGGGAUACAUUUAGUCAGAACAUAAUGCACCCACUGCCCAAAAACAGGGUGGGAGUCCCUUCCUUGCCGAGGGAAACGGAACAGCCCCUGGCUGCUGGUACAUUUGCCCCCCCAACAGGAUGGGGACAGAUGGGUGAUUGAGGGUUUGGGGAAAUUCUUUCCCUCAAAUGAGGAUCCAGCUGAUAGUCCUGCUGCGUGUUGCUUAUUUCCAAGCACUUCAGGGUGGUUUCCUCUGAACUUUAGCUUCUAGGACCCAAGACCUGGAGGGUUGAGGCUCUUCUUUGGAUCACACUUCCACACUCCCUCUUAAACUGCAGGCCAACCAUUUGAUUUCUGCUGCCUUUGUCCUCCCAUAAAAGAGAUUUGGGGGCAUAAUUCUUUGAGAAAUCUCAAGUGCUUUUAAUCAAAAACUACUUUUGAUUCUUCAUCUUUUUUCUUGCAGCUAUUUUGAGUUUUGUUCUCCUCGGUUUGUGGAGGCUUCUAAAAAUGCAUUAGUUUCCAGCUUCACAGGUGAGAGCCGAGGUCUCCAAAGAGCAAAGUGGAUUCUGGCUGAAGCUGAGUCAGUAAUCAGCUUUGUUGGCCUUUGACUCUACCCAAUUUGCUUGCUCUGAGGAGGUGUGUAGAGUGAAUGUACACACAGAAAAUGUGUCAUGGUUCCUGUAUUCCAGGAAGAAAGGUGCCCCACAGGCUCACUCUCCAGCCUUCUUUUCCAGCAGGUACUGACCAAUUUGUUUGUACUUUGAGCUCUAGUCAAGAAUGGAGAGUCUAAUUGGAUUUCCAUACUAACCAAAAUGUUCAGAGCUUGUAUACAGAAUACUAAUUUCUAACUUGUCAUCUUGUAGUCUUUCUGGUGAAAAAAGGUAAAGGGUAACUGGGCACAUUUUUGUGUAUCUUUAGUGGUGAUCUUUAGAGGGGUCAGAUGCCUAAGAUGCCCCAAACAAUGGGCCACGUCAGGUGACCUGGCCCUCAUUCCCAUGCUUCUCUCUCCAGCUGUGACACACGAACUUUGUCUACUCAUAAUCAUUAUUAUAUAGCUGACUCUUCAUGUUUUGCAAUGAAAAGAUGGAAAAUUCAAAUGAGAUGGUUAAAAUCCACAUAGCUCUAGAUAUAAUGAAAAACAGUCGUGUACUGAGACACAGUGUCUCUCUUUACACACAUACACACAUCCCACUCAUCUAUGUUUGGGUUUUUACUUUGCAUCUGAUUAUAAUCCUCUUUUGGCUUGUUCCAUACUGCCAAUAACCAGGGGACCCAGAAGGACAGCUGGGAAAGCAGCAAGAUGACCAUCUACGUGUUGUCCUUUGGGAAUGACUUUCAAGUUCAUGGCCGCAGUGACUGCUACCCAAAGUCAACAGCACAGAAACCUUCCUGUUAUAUCAGAACCUCUAUCUAAAAAUGGAUUGACUCAAUAGGAAAGCUACAGCAAAAGGAACCCAUCCACCAUGCUAUGAGAAAACAUGAGCAAUCAUGAGAGAAGCCCACGUGGAGGAGAAGUGAGGCCCUCUAGCCAACUCCAAGUGAGCUGCUAGUCAGUAGCCAGUACUGAUUUCCAGCCACGGAGGCUACCUUGAGCUCUGCUUGUGCAGAACUUAGUCCCCAAAGAGAAGCUGCUUGCCGGAGGACACGCCCAUGGCCCCAGGUAAUGAACCCCCCAUCAGUGAGGCACUCUGCCAGACGUGACAAAGAAGAGAAGCAUGACUGAUGUUCCCGGUGAGGAGUCCAGGAGAAAGACAAUCUCUCAAAGGAUGGAUGAAAAUUAUAACCUCUUGCCUCAUGGAGUCAAUUUCCAAGAUGCCAUCUUUCCAGACACUCAAGAGAACAGAAGGAUGUUUUCCAGCCUUUUCCAGUUUUCGAAUUGUUCUCAAGGGCAGCACCUGGCAACUUUUUCCAGCGACUGGGAGAUCCAGGAAGACAAUAGGCUCAUGUGUUCAUCAGUGCAGAAGGCCCUGUUUGAGGAGGAGGACCAUGUGAAGAAACUGCAGCAGAAGGUGGCCACCCUUGAGAAGCGGAACAAGCAGCUUCGGGAUCGGGUGAAGAAGGUCAAGAGGUCGCUGAGGCAGGCCCGGAAGAAUGGGCGCCACCUGGAGCUAGUGAACCAGAAGCUCAGUGAGAAGUUAGCGGCUGCAGCAGGUGCCGUCCCACACAUUAAUGCCCUGGGGCAGGAGCCACCCGCUGCCACCUACCUGCGGGGGUAGCAGGGACUGAGCAGUGGCCUUGCCUGGCCCUGCUGGAGCAUGCUGCCUCUUACCAGGGAAUGUGAAGGGAUAGCAGGUUUGUCUGUGCACUCUUGUAGAUGAAUUCUAAAUAUGAAUUUGGUCGAGCGUCAUUGCUUAAAGGGGCAAGUCUUGCUUAUUUCCUUGGCUGCUGGGCUCCCUUCCCUCCCUGUCUUGCUCCCAGGCCUGGUGCUUGCCAGUCCAGAGCCAGGAAGAUCCUGGAGUGUCACGUGCUUGCCUAGGGCCUGUCCACCCUGGAAAGUGUACUUACUGUGGAAAGAACAUUUUAGAAUCUCUAGCUGCACAAGAACCCAGGGGUUCAGCCUUAUUUCAGAGGAGAAGCAGUAUGAUCUCAGCUCGGAGCUCCAGGACCACCAUUAGUUCUGAGGAGGGAUCUAUAGCAAGUCGUGGAACCUUCUGAUGUCUUAUUUGCUAUAUUUUUGGAAGGAGGAUGGCAGUCUUGCAAAGCACCCAAGGAUACCUGUAAAUAAACCUGUGCAUGGUGUCCCUACCCCUGCCAGCAUUUCCUCACGGCUGAGGCAUUGUAAGACUUCAUAUGAGGUCUUAACAGGAAGCGUACUGAGUUGCGGCAGGGGGUGGGUGUGGGGAGCAGGUAAUCGAGUAAUAUGAAUUAUACCUGAUUUCUAACACCAGUUACCCAGAGCUAAAGAGGACACCUAUGGGUCACUUUAAUCUAAAGGGGAAUUGCCUUUAUGGACUGGCCAUGUUUUAGCAAACCAUGUUCCUGAGCUGGAAGAGUCUGACCACUAUCUCAGCCACUGCUAAAUGCUAGCAUAGCUUGCUCAUUAACUCCAUCUAGCUGCUCUGAUUUUGAGGUUAGUUGACCCAGUACACUAUUAACUUCAGUUCUGCAAAGACAUCUCCUUACCUAAUGGAGUCAAGUUUCCCAUCCAGGCAGUUCUACAGAGUCUUGCCGCAAGCAUUUUCACGGCAAACAUUUUUGCCACGUAACACAUUAGCUGUAAGGUAAUGUUGCUGUCAGAGAUGAAAUGACUAGUUGAUAGUUUGGUUUAAUUUCUCCACUGACAGAGUUCCCAUUUUUAUAUUGCAUGAAUCUUAGCCCUCCUAAUGGGCUAUACAGUGACCAGUACACAUGGUGGCCUUAAAAUGGUGCAUGAUAACUACAUAUAUGGACUUGAUAGAAAAAUACAGCAACAAAACUAUCAUGCAAAAUGGUAAUUCAUGAGUUGAAAUAACUCGGCUAGAAAAGCAUUACAACAUCUAUCUAGAAGGCUUUCAUCAUACAAUACAAAGCUUAGUUACAAAUGUGCAUCCUAGUAUUUGGAAAACUAAUACCUCUCAAUGUAACAUGAAAAAAAUAUUUCUUAUGUCCUUUUUAAGGCUCCUCUUUUAUUUUUUGUUAAUUUAUCUUUUAUGGCCACAUUGCCUUCUGGCCAAUGUGUUAUGCAGUGAAAAUGCUCGUGGCAGAGAUGCCUACAGUGAAAAUACUGGACAUGGUUCCAGUAAUAUCAGACAUGGUUCCAGGCAUUCCAAGCACUUUCCACCUCCCUGGACUGUCCAAUCCUGGGAGGAAUGUUUUCACAUGAGUCCACAUGUCAGUGCAUCCAGUUUUGUACAUAGUCAGAACUCUUCACCCUCUUUGGAAAGACAGCUUCAAAGACAGUGCAAGUAAAAAGAGUAUCCACUAGGUCCAAUACCUGAGCCCUUACUUUAGUAGCAUUUGAUCUAGUCCUAGUUGUGUUACUCAGAAGGUAGCCGAGUGGCCGUCUUGUGAUUGUCUUCUGAUGGACCUCCAAAUCUACAAGUCUCCUUUCUGUGCUGUUCCAGAUGGAACCUGCAGGUUCCUCAUCAGGAAAUCUCCCCCUAGACCACCCCAGACACUUCAGUGCUUGAUGAUGUUGUCCUUUCCAUUAGAAAUGGCAAUUAUACUGUCAGAUCUCCCUUCCACUGCUUGUAGGAAAACCAAGUUCUUGCUCUGGCAGCUGGUUGGGAGGAUGGACUUGCGUCACUUGAGGGGCAAGCUGAUGCUCAAGGGGAGAAGUCUACACCCUGGACUGGAUGGAAUGGCAGCUUUUGCUUCAUUUCCAAGCUUCUGCUGCUCCUUUAUAGCUGUAUUCUUCAUAGCAUGAUACAAUGGUUAAUUCUUCCUGGGGCCAUUUCAUUAAAGCACUUUUGCUUCCACCCAAGGGAAUGACAAGCCUAAGGGUGAUUUACAGCUAGUGUUUUGAGAACUGUGGAACUGGAUCCCUACAGAUGCAUUAUGUUCAACCUUUUUAAUAAAAGCAGUAUUUCAGCCACAA